AUGGGGCAGUUAAGCAUAGGAGUAAUCUGCGGCAUCAUUAUCGCCAUCCUCUUCAUAAUAUGCUUCUGCAUCGGAGUCCUAGUCUGGGUCCUCCAAGGGAGCCGGGAUGGGCAAAAGUCAAAGGUCAUGGUUACAAUGUCCGGGACAACCAUCAGGAGUAAAGAAGGCGGAGUGAGCGUAUUAGAAGCAGCUUGGAUCCCGGCUCAUCAUCAUCACCAUGUCGGGCCGGGGAAAUCAUACAGGUCGAAUAGCUCGAGAAGGGUAUCUACUUCGUUCAGCGACACUUCUAAUGACGCCCCUACCUUGGAUCUCGAACGAGGUGUCUCCCCGAGGAAUUCGAUGAAAAGGUCUAGCUAUAUGUCGGCUAAGAAACUGGAGAUACCAGAAGCUUUGGCGGAGGAGGAUUCAGAGGAUGAUAAUCUAUCCAGCGGGAAGGGAGGUACUGAGAGUCCUAGUGAUGAAAGUGGGGCUGUCACACCAGCGGAAGCCCCGACGCCGAGGAUAUAUAUUCAAGAUGUCGACCCAUCCCCAGCUUCGAGUCCAGGGCUUGGGAAGACUUUUGACUUUCACAAUUUAUUGCAGAGUGUGAAGGGUUUAUCAACGGAUCCGGACGAGAAGGCAGCUAUUCAUGCCGUUUAA